AUGGCCGACGCCCUUGCACCGUAUGCUUGCGAUAAAUGCCGCUCCCGCAAGGUUGCGUGCUCACGCGAUCGCCCCGGAUGCCAACGCUGCAAAGCCCAAGGGAUUGCCUGCUCCUAUUCCCGCUCUGGAGUGAUCCGUCGCAGCAGAAAGCAGAAGGAGAAGAAUAGACUACCGACUCAUAAUUGUGAGACUCCAACAGGCACGGAACGCACCGGCUUACGACAACCCCCUCUACCUGCAUCCGACAAUGUUGGUGGCACAACAUAUGAGCGGCUCCAGCGGCUUGUCGGCAAGGACCAUCGUUCUCUAAGGGCACUUGCGUCGCUAUUGGAAGAAUACGCAGCGGCUUGGCAAGGCUCUUCUGCAUUCGACAAACUGGCCGAAGGUGCUGAGGCUGAUUUCUUUCUAUUUGAGGAGGAUCAAGUUCGUGCCUGGGUGGACGUAUUUGUCACCACCCUCCAGAAAGAAAGGUUGGUGCUCACUUCCGCACCUUCGGAAGUACUCGACCACUUGGUCGCAUCACGUCCACAUCAAGUACACGAUCGAGCUUGGCUGGUCAUGUUUUAUAGUGUCACGCUGAGCGUCGUGUCCUCCACUAACCCGUCGGACGAAUCAACAAAGGCCAAUCUAAGAAGCAAUCUCUGGCUCGCAUUCAAUGAUGUGAGGCUGCUGCUCGAACCGAACGUUUCGAGUAUUCAGGCGUUGGUCAUCUUGGCCUGCCACGUAGAGGAGUAUAUGACGCCUUCUCUUUGCUGGGUACUGGUUACCAAAGCUUGUGUAAUGUUGCAAGCAUUAGGGGUCACUCACUGGCGUCUUGACUCUCCGACCCGUGAGCGGCGCACCAUGCUUUUCUGGCGUUUGAAUACCCUGGACAAGUCGCUUGCGCUCAUUUUGUGUAGACCGCCAACUUUCCACCGCGAAAUGGCAACUGGGAUUGCCUUACCGACGCUGGAACAACUCCUGCAUUCCCAGCCAUACCAUCCCUCCAGUGGCGCGCCCGCAUUGUUCGAAGCGCAUUACAUGUAUCAGAUGCACCUAUUAUCGCGCGUCAUGGCUGACGUCUGGCACUGCCUUUAUGGACAAGACUCUGACGACGUCCACACAAUUAAAGAGAACUUAGAGUCAUGGCAUCUCCAGGCAACGGAGGUUCUUGAGGCUGCUGCGCUUGCAGAGAAACCUCUCCUCACCGCGAGCGGCACAGCCUCGGUUGAUCUCGGACUACAGACUCUGCACUUCCAUUACUAUUCCCUUUUGGUCUUGCUCACUGUAUCCUACAGGCAGUUGCGGACGCAGUCUACUUAUCCGUCGCAGCAAAUGCUCGGUUUAUUACCAGGCCUUGGUGCCAUGCUGCCAGGUCUCAAGGAACCAUAUACCUGCCUCCUAUGGCAGCGUCUGCACUGUCCAUUAGCCGCGUUUGGCAUUCUCUGGGGCGAAAUUGUGAUUAAGGGCAGGGCCCAUUUUGAGCAGAGCGAGCAAUCCCUGGAAGCUAUAGAGCAUCUUCCGGCCUUUUUAGGCAAGCAAGUGUUUAUUAGAGAACCACAGUGGCUGUGCCUGACAUAUAUGUCUUUGAAAGACGAAGCAGAUCAAGAAGCACCGAACCCAAGCAUUCCGACUCAGCGAAUGCCUGAAUCGCAACAAUCCGUCAGUGAGAACUUGGACCAGAACUCAAAUACGUCAAUAGCGCUUGCACUAUCGAAUAAUUCAACGGGCGACAAUUUUGACUCCAGGCUGGAUGAUCUGUUUACGUGGACAGGCAACUCCUUCAUUGACUUCAUUGACGACACAUUCGACUGGAUCUCAUGGGCUAAUCAGGUCUAA